UGCUUCAUGGAUUUCAAAGCUGGAGGUACAUUAUGUCACAUUCUUGGUGCUGCUUACAAAUAUAAGAAUGAACAGGGCUGGCGGAGGUUUGACCUGCAGAAUCCAUCCCGAAUGGAUCGAAAUGUGGAGAUGUUCAUGAACAUUGAGAAAACACUAGUCCAGAACAAUUGUCUGAGCAGACCGACCAUCUACCUCAUUCCAGAUAUAGAAUUGAAGUUGGCUAAUAAAUUGAAGGAUAUUGUCAAACGUCACCAGGGAACAGUAACUGAAGAGAAGUCAAAGGCUACCCACCAUGUUUAUCCAAGUCCUACCUCAAUGGAUGACGAUGAAUGGUUGAGACCUGUGAUGAAAAAAGACAAGCAGGUGCUGGUACACUGGGGCUUUUUUCCAGACAGCUAUGACACUUGGGUUCAUGCCAAUGAAAUAGAUGCUGAAAUUGAGGAUCCUCCAAUUCCUGAAAAGCCAUGGAAGGUUCAUGCCAAAUGGAUUUUGGACACAGAUAUAUUCAACGAAUGGAUGAAUGAAGAGGAUUAUGAGGUAGAUGAGAACAGAAAAUCAGUGAGUUUUCGGCAGAGAAUCUCCAUGAAAAAUGAAGAGCCUGUACGUAGCCCGGAGAGGAGAGACAGGAAAGCAGCAGCAAGUACAAGGAAGAGAAAGCAUUCUCCUUCUCCACCCCCCACUCCUGUGGAGUCGAGAAAAAAGACAGGGAAGAAAGGACAAGCAGCCUUAUAUGGGAAAAGGAGAGGGCAGAAAGAAGAAGAUGAGCAAGAAGAUCUUACAAAGGACAUGGAGGAUCCCACACCAGUACCUAAUAUAGAAGAAGUGGUACUUCCCAAAAAUGUGAACCCAAAGAAAGACAGUGAAAACACGCCUGUGAAAGGAGGAACAGUAGCAGACCUCGAUGAACAGGAUGAGGAGACAGUGGCAACUGGAGGAAAGGAAGAUGAAGAUCCUAACAAAGGCGAUCAAAGUCGGUCUAUCGAUCCAGGUGAAGAUAACGUCACAGAACAAACCAACCACAUCAUUAUUCCAAGCUAUGCAUCUUGGUUUGACUACAACUGUAUUCAUGUGAUUGAACGUCGUGCUCUUCCUGAAUUCUUCAAUGGAAAAAACAAGUCCAAGACUCCAGAAAUAUACCUGGCUUACCGCAACUUCAUGAUUGACACCUAUCGCUUAAACCCGCAAGAGUACUUGACCAGCACUGCCUGCAGAAGGAAUCUGACGGGAGAUGUGUGUGCUGUCAUGAGGGUACAUGCUUUUCUGGAGCAGUGGGGUCUCAUUAACUACCAAGUGGAUCCAGAAAGCCGUCCCAUGGCAAUGGGACCUCCCCCUACUCCUCACUUCAAUGUGCUGGCCGAUACGCCCUCCGGACUGAUGCCUCUCCAUAUCCGCACUCCGCAGGUUCCAGCUGCUCAGCAGAUGUUGAGUUUUCCUGAGAAAAACAAAGAGAAGCCUACUGAUCUGCAGAACUUUGGACUUCGCACAGACAUUUACUCCAAAAAGACUUUAGCAAAGAGUAAAGGUGCGAGUGCUGGAAGAGAAUGGACAGAACAAGAGACAUUGCUGCUAUUAGAAGCUCUGGAGAUGUACAAAGAUGACUGGAACAAAGUCUCCGAGCAUGUUGGGAGCCGUACCCAAGAUGAGUGCAUUCUCCAUUUUCUGAGACUUCCGAUCGAAGACCCCUAUUUGGAGAACUCUGAUGCGUCUCUGGGCCCGCUGGCUUACCAGCCCGUACCUUUCAGCCAGUCCGGCAAUCCCGUGAUGAGUACCGUUGCUUUCCUGGCAUCGGUGGUGGAUCCCCGCGUGGCAUCAGCCGCAGCAAAGGCCGCGUUAGAGGAGUUUUCUCGAGUCAGAGAGGAGGUACCACUGGAGCUUGUUGAAGCUCAUGUAAAGAAAGUACAGGAAGCGGCAAGAGCCUCUGGGAAGGUGGAUCCAACAUACGGAUUGGAGAGCAGCUGCAUUGCCGGAACGGGUCCAGAUGAGCCGGAGAAAAUCGCCUGCCUGGUUAUCGUCCUGUACGCCUACAAGCUGCGUGAAGCAGAAACAGAGGAAGCUCUGGUGGCUGCGGAGUCUUGA